UCCCCCAAUCCCCAAUCUUUUUAGCUGUACGAUCCUUGUUGUAUUAUUAAAAUCUAACACAUCUUUAAACACCUUUCAGUAACAUGGCUCUUCUGGUUGUUGCUGUUGACUUUGGGACAGCAUACAGUGGAUACUGUUUCUCUGUAAAGGGAAAGCAAGAAAAUAUUAGAAGUGUGUUUUGGGGCAUGGAGUAUGGGUUCAGAUUACCUAAAACUCCAACCUGCAUUCUCUUUGAUGAAAAUAAAAAGUUUAUGAAAUUUGGUUUUGAUGCAGUAAUGACUUACACAAAAAUGAAUUCCAUUGAAGCCAAUAAGUUCUAUUUUAUUGAAAACUUCAAGAUGGAACUGUAUAACAAGACGAUUAGCAAGAAUCUAAUGAUCUGUGCAAAGAAUAAUUGUCCACUUCCUGCCCUGAUGGUGUUCUCAGAAAGUCUACAAUAUCUUAAAGAUCAUGCCCUGAAAACCAUUAAUGUUACAGAUGACAUUAUUAAAUAUACUGCAGAGGAUGUCACCUGGGUCCUUACAGUGCCAGCAAUUUGGGAGCCUGCUGCUAAACAGUUCAUGAGAGUAGCUGCACAAGAGGCUGGAUUAAUUAAAAGUAUUGAUUCAGAAAAUUUGGUUAUUGCUUUGGAGCCAGAGGCAGCAUCUAUGUGGUGCAAGCAGCUUCCUAGUACUGGAUUUAUAUCAGAGGAGGCGGAUCAAGAAAAGUUAGAAAAUCAUCCUGGAGUUGAAUAUAUUGUUUUAGACUGUGGAGGUGGAACAGUUGACAUUACUGUGCACAAGGUAAUUGAAGAUGGAUUUCUGAAGGAACUUCACAAAGCCUCAGGGGGUGAUUGGGGAGGAAUACAUGUGGAUAGCAACUUUAGAGGUUUCCUGAGGGACAUUUUUCACCCCAGUCUGUGGGAUACAUAUGAGAAGGAGCAUCCUUCAGAGGUUCAAAAAUUAAUGUAUGAUUUUUCAGUUCAGAAAUGUAGUGAUCAAGAAGAAGAUAUACUGAUCCCAUGUUAUUAUAACUUAGUGCAGUCAGUACAGCAGAAAAAUAAGAACAUUGAAGAAUUUUUUGAAAAUGUAAAAGGGGCUUCUUGGUCUAGUGGUAGCAUAAAGAUAAAAUAUGAGAAACUAAAAGGAUUUUAUGACUAUAGUGUUAAAAAAAUCAUAGCUGAGGUACAAGCCAUUCUUGAAACACCUGAGAUUAACAUUGACUAUAUCUUGCUUGUGGGAGGUUUUGCAGCAAGCAGGAUCCUAAGACAAGCAAUCCGGAAUGAAUUUAGCAGAAGGUGUAGAGUGCUGUGUCCUUGUGAUGCCCAGCUGGCAAUUGUGAAGGGGGCAGUUUUGUUUGGAAAUGACCCUAAAUUAAUCUUCUGCCGGAUCAGUGCCCUGACAUACGGUGUAGACAAAUGCAACAAGUUUGAUCCAGCCAUACAUGAUAAGAAUAAGCGCAGAGUAAACAAUGCCGAAGAUUAUGUUUACUGUACAGACCUUUUUGUGAAGCUUGUAGAAAAAGGGAAGUCAGUAGGAUACAACCAAGUGACCAACUACUAUUAUAAUCCAGUAAAUCAAAAUCAAGUUAAUAUGAGGUUUCGAUUUUUCUCUACAGAAAAACUGAAUGCAAAAUAUGUAGAUGAGCCAGGCAUUAAACAAAUUGGCCACUUUACUGUAAACAUGCCUGAUAUCACUAGUGGCAGGAAUAGACGUGUCAGACUGGAUAUUAAAUUUGGUUUUACAGAACUGGAAGCAACAGCAACUGACCUGACCUCUAAGGAGACUCAAAUAUUAAUGCUUAACUUUCUAACAGAAAAAUGAGCAUCAGUGUAGAAAGAAAAAUCAAGGAUGUUUAAUCAUACAAUAAUAAAUAAAAUAUGGUUCAAUUGCUUCUGCAAAGUAUUAUAAUUUAUAGUUUUUGGCAUCUUAUUGGAAUACAAAACACUGUUUAAAGAACCAAAACCCAAGUAUUGGGUUCAUAACAAUUAAAUUUAACAAAGAUUGUUAAAAAUGAAAACACUGCCCUAAUAUCAGUCUGAUGUGCAGAUCUUUCAUGAUGUAAAAGAAAUAUAAGAAAAUGUAAACAUUUCUGGCAAGAGCUCUCUGUGCAACGGAAUACAGAAUGGCUCAUAAACUAUUGUUCUUGUAUUAAGUUUAAAAUAAUAACAAGUCAUAUCUUAAGAGAUCUCCAUAGUGUUACAGCACCUUCACCAAAAAUCUACUUCUAAUGAUUUAUGUACAGUAAAUGUUUUAUUAUCUGUCCUCUCUGCAAACCACCAGUGGGACUCUCUGUUUCUUUCCUGAAGAGUGAAUAUAACUGCUAGUUUCAUUCCUCUGUUUAUCUGAUUGUACGAGUACCUGCAUUUUAUCUUCUUAAUUCAAAGGCCAGUUUCAGUGAUAAAGCUAUAAUUUGUGUAAGGGAAUGUGAAAGGUUUGCCUUCAUUUUGGAAUCUGACUUGUUGUCUUAGUUUGAAAUUAAUUUUAGGGGUUCUUGUACUAGCUGGAUCUGUAUAGCUAGCAUUAAAUGUUUAUUUCUGCUGGAGCUAUCUGCCUGAGAGUGGAGUAUUUAGCAAUAGUUUGCUUGUAAAGUACUGUAGUAACAAACAGGUCAAAUUACUACUGCUAUUAUUCUGCUGUGGAAGUCAUUUAUUUAAAUGCAUUUGCCUACCAGUUUUGUUUUCUUAUUGAGGAAUUUAGUAGGCAGCUGUUAGUGAUAAUAAAUGUCUGUAUUGCAGUAGUAAGAUUAGUAGCUAAUUAAGAAACUGAUACUGCAGUUACUCCUGGUAAACUGAGUGAAGCGUAAAGUUAUCUACUUAAAUUUAGUAGUCCAAAGUCAUAUGCAUCUUUGCAAGACUUUUUUUAGCACAGCAGUCCUUUGUAAUUAAUAAAAGCAACUUUCCUUUUUCUUUGCACAUCCAAAUUAAUUUCUAGUUCAAUUUAGGGCCCUAAAAUAAUGAAACUUGAAUUUCUGGACAUUUUUGUCAACUGCCAAUGACUGGAGUUAUUUUUUUCUUACAAAAGAAAUUAGUAUUGUAGGAUAAAGAUAUUUUUUAAUCAUCUUCUUUUGUGAUAACAAAUAUAUACUGUUUGAUUUAUCAAAUGAUAACAAAUAUAUACUGUUUGAUUUAUCAAUGUAAAUGUUCCUACUCUGCGAAAGUCUGCUUUUACUUAUUCCAUUUAAUUUUUCAAAAGCUAGAACGGUAUUAUUUUCCUAUUAAGUGUCUUCAGGCAGAGCUGCUGAGGGUGUAAGAGAAAUAAGUGAUCAAUUCCAAGCUGUGAUCAAAACAGUUUGGGCAUAACUCUAUAUGCUUCAAUUCCAGCUUUACAGUAACACUCUUAGAAAAAUUCAGACUUGAGGUUGUACAAUAGAUCUGUUAAUGUUUAUUGUUUCAUAUCACAAACAAUGUCAAAUAACCCACACAACACUGCAGAGAAGAAGUGAAACAUACCUAGUGACACUUCCAUUUAUCGUCUAACUUGAAGAACUGGAUCAUUCCUUAUAUAUUAGCAAAUAAAUAAAGACAUGUGGCUACUUUUAAUACAAUAACAGUUUGUUCCUAGUUUGUCAUUAUAAUCCAUGACAGGAAACAGGCACUAUUACAGGGCCCAUUCAUGGCUUAAAAGGUUUUUAACUAAUAAUGUAAAAGUAUGUUAACUUAUAUAAACAUAGAUCAUAAUAAAAUUCAAAUAUUCAAACUUAAUUACAUGAGCAUGAGCAAAUAUGAGUAUAUACAGAAAGUUUCCCCUAAGACUUGACAGAUAAUGAAAGGCACUAUAUAAUAUACAAGUAAUGAAAGGUGCUAUAAAACAUAAAUAUGAGUUUUCCCUCACAUAACUUGCCUUUAACUACAGUUAUGUCUCUUUCUUAUUAAAUCAUCUGCAGUUUAAAUAACCCAGUGUCACAUUGACCACCUUGUAUGCUCUGGUACAUUUUAGACAGAGUGAUUGGGCAGAGAUUCAAAUGGAAACCCAUGAUGAAAUGGUUGAAAAAAAUAAUGAAAACACCACAUUAAAAUUUUUAUAAUUACACCCUAACAGAAGAAGGCCAAAAAUGGCACAAAAGAUCAAAAUUCUAAAAUUUCAAAACACAAAAAUAUUUAAAACAUGACCAAAAUAUAAAAGAGAGAAAAAGGCUAACUAAUUAAAGUUCAAACUGUGAAAUAAUGCCAAAACCAACAGCUAAUUUUAAAACCAAGAAUAUCAAAAUGAAAAUGACUGAAUGACCAAAAAAUUUACAACAAGAUAAGAGAAUCACAAAAUAGAACCAAAGAACACUUACUAACAGGUUAGCCAGCGCUACAGUGCUUUAGCUAUGGCAACAUGUGCUUUUAAAAGGUUCUCAGGUAACACUUGUGCACAUUAAAUAAGUAAUUUUAGGAAAGGCACUGGGGCCAUACUAUAAACAUCACAAAAAUAUAGAUAAGGAACAAACAAAUGAGCAUUGGACUGUCAGUCAGUCAAGUCAUUGUUCAACCCGCUAUAUCUUAACACAGGGUCACGUGGGUCUGCUGGAGCCAAUCCCAGCCAGCACAGGGCGCAAGGCAGGAACAAACCCCGGGCAGGGCGCCAACCCACCGCAGAUGAGCAUUGGUAAAUUUGGAAAAUAACAAUGAAAACGUCUACAAAACAAAAAAGGACUUUAACCUUGAAGUAACUAAAUAAUAAAAAUACACUUUCAAACAUGAAUCAUAUUAAGUUGAUAUUAAAGACAUCUAGCGAUUAGCACUUUGAUGUGUGAGUUGCAAAGCAAUAUGAUGCACCUAACAGAGUUCCACAGAAAUACAAGCAAAUUGAGGUUGACUGUAGGUAAUCAUGGGUUAUUUCUAAAUUAGCUUGUGUUAUUAGAUACAAAUAACCUGCCUUACAAAAUUUAACCAAAGCAGCAUCAUUCAACAUUGCUUACAGUAUUUUCCUUCUUUCUCCAAAAAGAAUGCCUUGUAGGAUAAAAAAUGUACAGUAUGUUUUUUGACAUCAAGUGCUGAUGAGGUUUUUUUUUGCUCUAGGAUGCUGUUUUUCUUAAUUGUGUUCCUAUUUUCUGGGUACGUUAUUGUUGAAUUUGGCAACCUUAAAAGUAGCAGCAGAAGGCUACACAUGACAAUGCUCCCUGUUUUGACAUGUAGCAAUACACUAAUCAGCAAACUGUACAAUUGUAUCUGUGACAUUUACUUUAUGCUACAAGACCAAAUGUGUGGCUAUUAGUAGUAUAAAUCAUUAUGAGUAUAGUUCUGUCAGAGGUUUAAAUUUAUUUUUCAUUUGUAUUUCCGUACUUUCAUUUUUUCUAGAUGUUCAGUUGCUAACACUUUAUUUUAAAAAAUGCAUUAAAUAGGCUGUGUGUUGGAGAGGGACAUAAUUGGAUUGGUGUUAAGUCUUAUGUUCAAAAUGAAGUAAACUGAAAUA